AUGUUUGGAGCUAAUAACAGCAAUCCUUUGGUUCCAAUUUCCUUUGGGGAAAAUCACAUUUUGGAUGAUGUCAAUGCAUUGCCUCAACUGCAGCUACUCAGGGAUGAUCCAGCUGGAUGCAUUGGCAGCUCCAUAAAUCACUCCAGAAAUCAGCAGGCAGCAAUCUUUGGCCAGCCUACUAAAAGAGUCAAUGAGGCAGAAUCUGUUUCCGGACAGAAAAAGCAUCAAUUAUCAUCAAGUAAUAACUUCAGCCAUUAUGAUGCUGGUAAAUCGGGAAUCAUUCUGAAUCCUAAUCAUGUAUCAAUUGGAUUGAAACUAUCUUGCGAGGAAGAUGGACGCAACUCGUCUGUUACACGUAUGAGUGAAAUCAAAAUGGCUACCCUCCCUGUUAUUUUACCUCUUGAUGAAGAUCUUAAAGCUGAGAUUAAUUUGCAGAAAGGGGAUUUAGAUCACUAUAUUAGACUUCAGGAAGAAAAUAUCAUAAAAGGUGUGAUAGAAUUGGGGCAAAGACAUACAGUUUCAUUGCUGAAUGCCAUAGAAAAAGAAAUUAGCAGCAAGCUGCAUGACAAGGAGCUUGAAAUACAGAACAUAAACCGAAAGAACAAGGAUCUAAUGGAGAGAAUAAAGCAAGUUAGCAUGGAAGUCCAGUCUUGGCACAGCAGAGCAAGGUAUAACGAGUCUGUAGUUAAUGCUCUGAAGAUCAAUCUGGAGCAGGUGAUGGCACAAGGUGCACUGCAUGGCAAGGAAGGUUAUGGGGACAGUGAGGUCGAUACUGCAACCUCUUAUGCUAAACAAAACCAUAUCUGCCUCGUGGACGGUUCUGCAAAUUCAGUGACGUGGCCAGGUGACGUGGCCAGUGGACUCACAAAACGACAGUAUUCCUAA